AUGGCCACUGGCAAUCCAAACAGCCCUACCUAUGGACAUCACUUGUCGAAGUCCCAGGCCGCACAUCUAACUGCUCCUGCUCCGGAAAGCCUGGCUGUAGUCACGGGAUGGCUGCAGGAUCACGGCCUCACUCCGGAUACCGUCUCCAGCUCUGGAGACAUGCUCACGGUCCGCAUGUCGCUGGAGGAAGCCAACUCGAUCCUGAACGCCGACUACUCCGCGUUCGUGCACACGGCCUCAAAUACUACAUUGUGGAGGACACUCGCUUACUCUGUCCCCGCUCAUAUUGACGAACAUCUAUCCUUUGUGUACCCGACCACUCAAUUCAUUUCGCCCCCCGUCGCACCAGCGGCGAUGCACAUUGCGGGGUUCUCUACCCGAUUUCCCUUGAAGAGGACUGGCCAAUCCACGAGCUGUGCGGAAGCGAUGACGCCCAAGUGCCUUCAAGCCCUCUAUAAUAUCCCUUCCGCGCCAGCUACCUCUGCGGGAAACGGCAUUGUAAUUGACGGCUCUUCAGCGCGAGUCACAGACCUCGACAAUUUAAAGGCAUUCCUCGCCCGGGAGCGGCCGGAUUUCGUAAACACUCCAUUCGCGAUGCAGUCGGUCAAUGGCGGUGCCGUCCGGGGAAACGGCUCAGACUCAGCGGCAAUGGCCGUGGGUGUGCAGUAUACGGUCGGGCUGGCAACGAACGUGUCCACGACAGUCAUAUACCCGGGACUACAGAAUGACGCGAGCGGAAUUCAAGGCCUCCUCGACGUCACCAACUUCCUUCUUGCUCAAGACAUUCCGGCACUUGUGUUUGUAACAAACGUGCAGUACGAAGAGACUGCGUUCCAGCAGGCCCCCGAAAUCGCGCAGUCUCUUUGCGACGCGUUUGCGCAGCUCGGCGCGCGGGGAAUAUCUGUAAUCGCCACGUCUGGGCACUGCGAAGCUUCCGGGUCGCAGUCGUGCAAUGGCGAUGCUUCCCGCGCCAUGUUUCCUGCGACAUGCCCCUAUGUCACAUCUGUGGGCAGUACGCAGGGAAUCAGCCCCGAGAGCGCAGCGGAUUUCUCCUCCGGCGGCUUCUCGGACGUGUUCCUCCGCCCUCCGUACCAAGUCGACGCUGUAGCUGGCUACCUGCAGCGGUCCGGAAGCGCAAACGCAAGUUCGGUCAACACCACCGGUCGUGCCUACCCAGAUGUAUCUGCGCAGGGGUUCCAAUUUGUUGUCGAGGCCGACGAUCGACCCCAAAUCUUUAACAGUACGAGUGCCUCGAGCGCGACGUUCGCAGCCAUCGUCGCUCUUCUCAAUGAUCGCCUACUCAAUGCCGGAAAACCCCCGCUGGGGUUCCUGAACCCGCUCUUGUACUCCAAGGGUCUCCCGGCUCUGAACGACGUCGUUUCCGGUAGCAGUAGUCCGAUCUGCGGCGCUCGGGAUAGCCUCACCGUGACCCCAGGAUGGGAUCCGGCUACUGGGCUCGGCACUCCGGAUUUCCAGAAGUUGCUCGCGAUUGUGGUGGGGAGCGACGCGGAUGCCGAGCGGUCUGGGAUUGUGAUGGCUGCUCGCCGGUCCUCCCCAGAGCUGACGACUGACGCUACACGAGGUUCGAGUUUGGAGGGGGUAUUCCCGUUCACGACCGCGCCAAAGGACUCCGAGUGA